GCAAGCAGCAAAGCAGAAGACACCUGGGAUAAUUUGCCAAAGCGCAUUUAAGGAUAUUAUACUUCACCAUGAGCUCUACAAACAGACCAACAGCAACCAUGUCAGCACACGCCAGCCUGCUCCUUCUCAUCACCGUGUGUGUGUCCAUGCAGGAAGGUUCUGGACAUCCACUGUCAGAAAGGCCUAAGUCCAGUGAUCUGGCUCCACCUCACAGAAUGCGGACCAAACGCUGUGCCUGCACCAACCAGCUGGACUCUGAAUGCCACUACUUUUGCCAUCUUGACAUCAUCUGGGUCAACACACCAAGUAAGACCACUGUUUACGGCUUGGGCAGCCCUCUGUCACGUCGCCGUAGGUCUGCCGGUCCCUGUGUGUGUGCGGACUCUUACGACCACACCUGCACCAGCUUCUGUCUGGACAGCUCAGAGAACUCUUCACCCCAGACGGCCAUUAAGAGCUCCCGUGCCAACCUGUUGACUUUCCUUAGAUAUAUGGUCAGAGCCUCUGAGAGAACCAGGGGAUGGGCCUUCCCACCCAGGAAGGAAGCAACCAGGGCCCCUGGGCUUGAUGAGCGCUAAACGACAUGGCAUGGCAGACAGAGUGAGGAGAGAAGAGCGAGUACCAGAACAAAUUACACUACUCUAACAUGGAGAGGAGCAGAACAAAGGGCUGCUGGUAGAGAGAUGUGUCACAUGCAGGAAGGCCACAGACCGGUGGGACUGCCUGUUUGUUUGUCGGUUUGUACCCAUAAAUAAAGGUUGGAAAACAAAAUGUGACAGAGGCCUGAAGACAGAGAAUAGAUGCUAGAUCUAUCUUGAGGGAUGGAUCAGGCAUGAUGCAUACAGGCUAUUUGUGCAGCAAAAUAUUUCUGUUAGGGGCAGGAGGGACAAGGGUGGUCCAUGCUACUGGCAGACUUUGGCCAGGUAAAGGAGAGAACACUUGAUGUGUGUAUGCUGGUUGUCUGUGUUCAAAACAAUGGCAGACCAUUGCUGUCAUGAUGGAAAGAAUGUGACAGGGAGAAUAUGACGGACAGGCUACUGAUACAAUCAUCAAAAUGAUGUAUGAGAGAACCAGUGUUUUACUCUUUCUUUUGCCAAAAUAUUUAAUCUCUCCAUUAUUUGAUUGUAUAAUAACAACAUAUUAUGAUUGCUAUGCAGGUUAUUCACCAGGGGAAAUGACUGAGGUCAUUUAAAUGUGCAAUGUUUAGGAUUAUACACUUAGUGUACUUAACAUUAGGAAUACCUUCCUAAUAUUGAGUUGUAAAGUUGACUGGAUGUUCUUUGGGUGGUGGGCCAUUCUUGAUACACAUGGGAAACUGUUGAGCGUGAAAAUCGCAGCAGUGUUACAGUUCUUGAUACAAACUGGUGAGCUUGGCACCUACUACCAUACCCCGUUCAAAGGCACUUAAGUCUUGCCCAUUCACCCUCUAACUGGCACACAUAUAUAAUCCAUGUCUCAAAUGUGUCAAAUCUUAAAAAUGAUUCUUGAACCUGUCUCCUCCCCUUCAUCUAGAAUGAUUGAAGUGAAUUUAACAAGUGACAUCAAUAAGGGAUAAUAGCUUUCACCUGGAUUCACCUGGUCAGUUUAUGUCAUGGAAAGAGCAGGUGUCCUUACAGUUUGUACACUCAGUGUAUAUGUGUGUGUGGGUGGGAGUAAAAAAAUACAUAACAUCGAAACAUACAAUAUGGUAUAUCAUUGACUAUUUAUUCAAUUCUUGAGAUUUUGAUUUAGACCACUUCUGUAUUGAGUGACUGUGUGAAGCAGUGUGUAAUAAUAAACAAAUUAAUGCUUGAA